CACACAGUACCGUACCUGCGUUAUUUAAUAUUUGUAGGUGCGUUAAUUUUCUUUCCUGGAAUAAUAACCAAAGAAAGACGUUUAGUUCACAGAUUAAACAAGGAAUUUAAUUUAGCUAUUAUGGCUUGGCAUGAGCAUCUCAUAAGUAUACAGUGUUGCUGUCGAACUUGUUUAUCUGACAUAGCAGAAAAAACAUGUUAUAAUAUUUUUUCUGAAACUGAAGAAUCUAAAGCUAUAAGGGAUAUUUUGCUAUGCUGUACGUCAAUAAAGCUAAAAGCAGAUGAUCCUUUGCCAAAAAUGCUAUGUGAAUCAUGUUAUAAUGAAAUCAUGAAUUUUAAUGUUUUCAAGACAUGCGUUGACAGAGUAGAAGAAAACUUUCAAAAAUAUCUUGAGACAUAUCAAAUUACUUUGGAUAAGAAAACUGAACUCAAAUAUGAUCAAGAUGAAACAAAUCAAAAUUUAUAUGAUGAAAAGUUUUUUGAAGAACAUCGUAAGAUACAGUCAUGUAAUACAUCUACAAAUGUAUACCAAGAUAAAAAUAACGAACAUCAAGUUUUAAUGGGGAAAUCCAAACAGAAUAAAGACACAGUGCAAUUUAUAUGUGAUUUUUGCAGUAAAUCUUUUAAACAUCGUUACAAACUGGUUGAUCAUAUAAUAUCACACAGUGCAGCUUCGAAUGAUUCUGUAGACAAUAAUCAGAACGUGAGUUAUAGCUGUGAAGAAUGCGAAAAGAUUUUCAAAACUUUAAAUUCUUUGUGUGCACAUAAAAAGAAGCAUGUAAAGAAAGGUAGAAUACUUGUGUGUUCUUUUUGCAAAAAGGUAUUUAAAAAGUUAAGUCACUUGAAGAGGCAUGAGCUCUCCCAUAGGCCGAAAUCUUACAAAUGCACAGAUUGCUCUCAUACAUUUGCUGAUGAGAAUAGAUUUAAAGAACAUGUUAACUUUCAUAUGGGAAUUAAACCUCAUGUGUGUUUGUUAUGUAAGAAAUCCUUUCGGAACAUGACAGGGCUAAAGAGCCAUCUAAAGAUUCAUUUUGAAGACCACACUUACUUGUGUCCGAUUUGUGGAAAAAGAUUCAGCUCGUCCGGGAAUUUGAAUCAGCAUGUGAACAGACACACUAACAAUCGGUCAUAUCUGUGUGAAAAUUGUCCUAAGAAAUUUGUAAGUAAAAGCGACCUUAAAGUGCAUAUGAAAACACACACGGGCGAGUCUCAGCGUAGGUAUGAGUGUCGGGAAUGCAAUGCUAAAUUCACUAGCUGGAGUCGUCUCAGAACGCAUAAAUAUCAACAUCUAGGAAUAAAGCCUUACAAAUGUAAUGCCUGCACGAAAAGUUUCCCAAAUAACUAUAGCCUCGUAAGGCAUCACCUUAUUCAUUCAGGCGAGAGGCCGUACCAGUGUGACCUGUGUGAGCGUGCAUUCGCCCAGAAGGAGGGCUUGAAUAGGCACAAACGUCUACACACCAGCGAUAAAUAUCACAAGUGUGACCAAUGCUCCCAGACAUUCCGUCUAAAAUCCGACCUACAGCAACACUUGUCGGAUCAUUACAACGCGCAGACGCAGCUUAUAGUUAGGGACGAUAAUGUCCAAAAUAAUGGCGUUUCCACCGAUACUAUUAUACCAGAAGCAACGGACAGAGGCUUUGUUAUUGUACCAAUUAACUCGAAUGUGAAUGAAUAAAAAUGCACUUUUUUUUUUC